GCAUUGAACAAGUAUCUUUUUGAAUCAACUCUCUCUCGAUCAAGCAAUAUCUCGAUGCAACAAGGACUUUCCUGCAACUAAAAAACCCUUUGAUUCAAAAACAAAACUCUGGGCCUUUCGAUUUCUGCUUCCUCCAUCAGUAUUUAAUAAAAAACCGAAGCUUUUUUUUUUGUUGUUUGUGGAGGAUGAGGAAGAGGGAGAGGGAAAAUCCAUGUGGGGUAUGCGGGCACUAUCACAAGUACGAGGAAGGGGAAGUUUGUGGGAUUUGUGGGCACCGACCUCCCGUUUCUUCCAAUAGAACAUCGCUUCAACUCGGUGCUUUUCCAUCGGUGAUCUUGCCUGACUUUCUCUAUUUGGGUAGCUACGAUAACGCCUCUCGCUCUGAGCUUCUCAAGACUCAAGGGAUCACUCGCGUCCUUAAUACCGUACCUGCUUGUCAAAAUCUCUAUAAGAAUUCAUUUGUCUAUCACUGCCUGCAAGAUGACAAAAGUUUACAAUUUGACGAUGCAAUACAAUUUUUAGCGCAAUGUGAGAGGGAUAAGGCUCGAGUCCUUGUGCAUUGCAUGUCAGGAAAAAAUAGGUCGCCAGCUAUUGUAAUAGCGUACUUAAUGAAGUCUAAAGGAUGGCGGCUUCAGCAAAGUUAUCAGUGGGUGAAAGAACGGAGAUCAUCUGUGGAGUUAAGUCAAGCUGUCUACCAGCAAUUGCAGGAAUAUGAGCAAAAGCUCUUUGGAUCCGAAAGUAUCGAUCCUGCAUUAUUCCCACCUGCUGGAGCCCCAUCCUUCAACUUUGGUACCUCAAAUGAUCCAGUUCCUGUUCCGGCUUUCAGUAAUGUUGGUGCUACUUCUAUUUUUGCCCGCCCGUCUUUAGAAGUGCCUCCUCAUGGGUUCACAUUUGGUGCAGUUCAGACCCAGAAAAGUAUGUCUGACAGCCUUGGGAACCCUAAUGCCAGUGAUAUUCCGAUGGACAGCACUUAAACUCCGAGACCGACUUUUAUGAGGUUCGGUAUGUCAUGUGGCUGUAAAUUGCGAGUAAUUCUCACGUAGUUUUCUGGUCUGUCGGAUCCAAUGACCAUGGUUCUUUCCAAAUUUCAUAUACAAAGAUAAUUCUCAAUAGAAUCAAUGUGCAUUCACUUUGCUUUUCAUAAUAAAAAACAGUUUAUUCCUGAGCAGUA